AUGCCUAGCAAAUUGCCCUCAGACCUUCCAAAGCAGGAACUGGCUGCAAGAGUCAUUCAGAGGGCCUGGAAAAGUUUCCUUAAUGUUGCUGUGUUCCGUCACUUCAAAAGCCUGAUUGACCUGAGAAGACAGGGGGAGCCGCGUCAGAUAGUGAAGUAUAUUAAUCCCAAAGAGGCGGAGCUCCUAGAUGCUGCGGCUGGCAUUCAAGUCCGAUUUAGGCUGGGUGGGGUUAAAUUUCCACCGGAGAUAUACUAUAAAAUUUUUACUCACAGACAUGUUGAAGAUCUGUGUGCUAACAGCCCUAGAGAUUACACAAAGCUUCCAGCAAAAUACACAUCUCAUAACAAGAAUGAUCCACCUCAGGUUGAGGACCACAGUGGCUGGUACCGCCGCAUAGAGAACAAUGGCUGGAGGCCUGUCACCCAGAGAUUUUGGGUACCAUUUGAAAAUGAAGUGUUGGAAAGCACAAAGGAAAGUGAAUUCCAUUUCUCUAAACUGAAGAGAAAACAAGAUAUGGAAAAGAAAAGAAAAAUUAAAAAGAUAGAAUGGAUGCGGGAAAUGUACUACCUGGGAAGCCUGGAGGCCAAGGCGACCCAUCAUGAAACGCUAAGCCUAAUUCACAAAGCCACAAAAGGACUAAUCAAGAGUAUUGAAGAUGGCGGCGUAGAUUCCGUGAUGGAAUGGGAAGUAGACGAAGUGCUGAACUGGACGAACACACUCAACUUUGAUGAAUAUAUUGCUACCUGGAAAGAAACUGCUACAAGCAAGUCUUCAGCUAAGUUAAAAGAUGUGAGGCUUCAACAAAUCCAGAAAAACCUGUAUGAUAACUAUGGAGAUGAGUCAGAGGCACCAACGGAAGGGCCAUAUGACAAUAAUUACUAUGAAAAUCCUUACGUAAGGCCACAGUUCACUAGCUUAACACCCAAUUCCAUGUUUUGAAUGAAACCAUAAAGGACUUUCUUUUCUGAGCAAUGGCCCUUCAAGCCCAUUUUUCAGUUAAAGCCAAGAGACUGAAUAUUUCAACUAUAAUGACUUAUGUAUAUAUUUGCUCCUAAUUAAGGAAGACUUCAGAAAUACUACACUGGACAGUGUAUAGUUCUUCCUGGUAUUCUGAUAAACUGUAGUUGUCUGAA